GGUAAGGUGGGGUAAUACCGGACAGCGGGGUAAUACCGGACUGCGUUGUUUGUGCACGUAUCGGCAUAUUAUUGAAUUUCGCGCUCAUCACAGGCUGACCGUUAGACAUCUGAAUCUCAGUUCUCAGUUUAGUCGCUGCCACGUGCUUGCAAAGAGAGUUAUCACAAAAAUUACAAAAUUUAGUGUGUGAUUAUAUGAAUUAACUGAUUUUAAAGAUGCCGCGGAAUUAUAAAAGAGUCACCGAAAAAGCUUCGUGGAGAGAGGAGGAGUUGCAAGGAGCACUCCGUGCUAUACAGAAUGGUAUGUCGUUAAGAAAAGCUGCAAUAAAAUUUUCAAUUCCAAAAUCUACGUUACACGAACGACUUAAAAAUGGCACUGCCCCUUCUGGACCUUCCUUGGGCCGAAAGCCAGUUUUUUCAGUUGAAGCCGAAAAUGCACUUGCUGUUCAAAUUAAGAAGCUGGCAAAAGUUUUUUAUGGAAUAACUCCCCAGGAAGUAAGAAGAUGUGCUUUUGGAUUUGCACAAUCAAACAACAUCCGAGUCCCCUUUAAUCAAGAAAGAAAAAUGGCUGGUAAAGACUGGGAAAGGGCCUUCAUAUCUCGUCACAAUAUUACGUUAAGGAAACCAGAAGCAACCAGCAUUAACAGAAUUACAGCUUUUAGUCGCAAUGAAGUUACCAUUUUUUUUAACAAUUUAUCCAGACUUAUGGAAAAAUAUGCAUUUUCACCCAAUAAAAUUUAUAAUUGCGAUGAAACUGGGGUCACUACUGUACAACGCCCACCAAAAAUAUAUGCAGAAAAAUGUCAGAAGCGUGUUGGAUUUGUUACAAGCUGGGAAAGGGGGAAAACAACCACAGCGAUGUGUGCCGUCAACGCUACAGGAACCUAUAUACCUCCCAUGUUUAUAUUUGCACGCCAAAGAAUGGCGUCCCAUCUUCAACGAAACGGUCCCCCAGGUGCCCUUUACACAUGCUCAAAAAAUGGGUGGAUUACAGAGGACAUAUUUCUUACUUGGUUACAACAUUUUCAAGCAUUUGUAAAAGCAUCCAAAGAAGAUCCAGUUCUUUUAAUCAUGGACAAUCAUAGCACUCACUGCACAUUACAAGCAUAUAAUUUUUGUAGAGAUAACGGUAUUGCUCUUCUGACAAUCCCUCCACAUUCAUCACAUCGCCUUCAGCCACUCGAUGUGAGCUUUUACUUUCCUCUAAAGACCGCAUUCAACUCUGAAUGUUCCAAAUAUUUGACCAGCCAUCCAGGGGAGAAAAUCACGCCUAGUGAGAUUGCUGAAUUAUUUAAUUUAGCAUUUAGUAGAGUGGCAACCCCGGAAAAGGCUAUCAAGGGAUUUAAAGAGACAGGUAUUUUCCCCUACAACCCUGACGUAUUCACAGAUGAAGAUUUUGCUCCUGCAGAAACCUUUCAAUCCACUGUUUCUGAUGCACUUCAAGAACCUACCCAAGCAGAAAAACUACUCAAAACAAAUGAGACUACCCCUGAAAAAAAUAGUAGUGUGAAUGAGACAGAAUUAAAAAAUGUUUCCUUUGCCGAGAUAAUUCCUCUACCAUCUUGUUCUCACGAAAAUGUUGUAAAGAGACAAAAUAAGGCAAACAAGCAACACUCUAUUGUAUUUACGUCAACACCGCUAAAAGAAGAGCUAGAAAAAAAAGAAGAGAAGAAAAAUAAAAAGACAACAAUCAAAUCAGAUAAGGCUAAAAGAAAUGUAUUUAUGACACAGGAGGGGUCUACAUUAAGACAAAAAUCAAAGCGAACAAAAAUUGCCUUAAACUAUAAAAUAUGUGAAGAAGGAGAAAGUGAGAUAGAGGAUGAUGACGAUGUUAGGGUCAAGAACAUUACCGAAGACAUUUGCAUUUUGUGUGGAGAAUUUGGCAAGAACAGUGAACUUUGGCUAAGAUGUGUGUAUUGUGGUCAUUGGGCACACAAGGCAUGUUCUAACUCUCCAAAAGACAAAAAAUUUAUUUGCGACUUUUGUUUGUAAAAGGUGUCCGUCAUUACCCCAACAUAGAGGGUAAUACCGGACAGUGACAACUUUUUUUAUAUGUAUAUUUUUAAUUUUGUAUUGUAAUUUUAAAAAGUUUUUUUAAUCAAAAUUUGUAGACUAACAUGUGUUCUUCAUUUUUGCUUAGGUUUCAAAUUUUAAUGUCGUCUAAUAAUAAAAUAAAUUCUAAUUAUCUUUAA